AAGCACGAUUGGCAAAACAAUUUCAUUAUUUCUCUUACAAAAAUAAAAAUAAAAUUAGAUUCUCCAUCUUUGUCCUGUUCUAAAGAUGGAUGCAUCUAAUCAAAAAACCAGCUUUGAAUCUGCUAGGGAAUGGAUUUCUGACCACAAGCUUCGCACCGUCGGAUCUCUGUGGCUAAGUGGAAUAGUGGGAUCGGUGGCGUACAAUUGGUCAAAACCCAGCAUGAAAACCAGUGUCAGGCUCAUCCACGCUAGAUUGCACGCACAAGCACUUACACUCGCCGCAUUAGCCGGUGCAGCAGCAGUUGAGUAUUAUGAUCACAAAACCAACGACAAUGCCCAACGAUAUCCCAGCUUUGUCAACAUGAAUUCAUUUGCACAGAAGAAAUGAAGCAAGGAAUAUUCAUGAAUUUUGUAAAUUUUUAUGUCAAAAUUAUUUGUGGUAACACCAGCCCUAUGCUAGGUUCCUGAUAUGUUUUUUGUAAUCGAUGUUUUGAAUAACAAAAUACGAAAACAUAGAGAAUUUUUCCUAUCAACUAGUAGUUUUUGCUCAGAUUCAUUGAA